GGUUUCAGCGUGGUCAAGAGAGUGAAUGUAUCGGAAGUGGGUGUACCUUGCAUGAAUCAUCAAGAGCAUUGUAUGCUAUAAAUAUCAGCGGCAUAUUUAUCUGGUUCAAACCUCUGCUGAAUCAUAACCAUUUGCCGCUGAGCUAUGACAAGAGAGGAAACAAAAAGUUAGACGAGCAAGCCUGCCCUAAGUGAGAAGACUUCCUUGAUAACAUGCUUUUGCGAAGUUCAGGAAAAUUAAAUGUGGGCACCAAGAAAGAGGAUGGUGACAGUACAGCCCCCACUGCUCGUCCAAAGAUCUUGCGUUGUAAAUGCCACCACCACUGUCCGGAAGACUCGGUCAACAAUAUUUGCAGCACAGAUGGAUAUUGCUUCACGAUGAUAGAAGAAGAUGAUUCUGGGAUGCCUGUGAUCACGUCGGGAUGUCUGGGACUAGAAGGCUCAGAUUUUCAGUGCCGGGACACUCCCAUUCCUCACCAAAGGAGAUCAAUUGAAUGCUGCACAGAACGCAAUGAAUGUAAUAAAGAUCUACACCCUACAUUGCCUCCACUGAAAAACAGAGAUUUUGUUGACGGAUCUGUACACCACAAAGCCUUACUUAUAUCUGUGACUGUCUGUAGUUUCCUGUUGGUCCUUAUCAUUUUAUUCUGUUACUUCAGGUAUAAAAGACAAGAAGCCCGACCUCGGUACAGCAUUGGGUUGGAACAGGAUGAAACUUACAUUCCUCCAGGCGAAUCCCUGAAAGACUUAAUUGAGCAGUCUCAGAGCUCAGGAAGUGGGUCAGGCCUCCCUCUGCUGGUCCAAAGGACUAUCGCUAAGCAGAUUCAGAUGGUGAAACAGAUUGGGAAGGGUCGCUACGGGGAAGUUUGGAUGGGAAAGUGGCGUGGCGAAAAGGUGGCCGUGAAAGUGUUCUUCACCACCGAGGAGGCCAGCUGGUUCCGCGAGACAGAGAUUUAUCAGACGGUGUUGAUGAGGCAUGAAAACAUUUUGGGGUUCAUUGCCGCCGAUAUCAAAGGGACAGGGUCCUGGACCCAGUUGUACCUAAUCACAGACUAUCAUGAAAACGGUUCCCUCUAUGAUUACUUGAAGUCCACCACCCUGGAUGUUAAAUCGAUGCUGAAAUUAGCCUAUUCUUCCGUCAGUGGCUUAUGUCAUUUACACACCGAGAUCUUUAGUACCCAAGGCAAGCCAGCAAUCGCCCAUCGAGACCUGAAAAGUAAGAACAUCCUGGUGAAGAAAAAUGGCACUUGCUGUAUAGCCGACCUGGGUCUGGCUGUUAAAUUUAUUAGCGAUACAAAUGAAGUUGACAUACCACCCAACACUCGUGUUGGCACCAAGCGCUAUAUGCCUCCAGAAGUGUUGGAUGAGAGCUUGAAUAGAAAUCACUUUCAGUCUUACAUCAUGGCCGACAUGUACAGCUUUGGGCUCAUUCUUUGGGAGGUGACUAGGAGAUGCGUGUCAGGAGGUGCAGUGGAAGAAUACCAGCUUCCCUAUCACGACCUGGUGCCCAGUGACCCCUCUUAUGAGGACAUGAGAGAGAUCGUGUGCAUCAAGAAGCUCCGUCCCUCAUUCCCCAGCCGGUGGAGUGGCGAUGAGUGUCUGAGGCAGAUGGGGAAGCUAAUGACCGAGUGCUGGGCUCACAAUCCCGCGUCCAGACUGACAGCCCUGCGUGUGAAGAAAACACUUGCCAAAAUGUCAGAGUCCCAGGACAUUAAACUCUGAUUUGAGGGGGAAAAAGAAGACAAAAGAAAAGAAAA